AUGAGGGAAGAUGAGUCCAAUUGGUUUUCAAAGUGGGAAGAACAACUGCCGUCGCCGGAAGACCUUAUGCCCUUAACUCAAACCCUAAUCACUCCUGAUCUAGCAAUCGCCUUUGAUAUCCGGAGCCCACAUAACCUCCACUCACCUUCACUUCAACACCACCAACAACCACCACCGAUUUCAACCCCUUCUUCUCAACCCAAUUCCGGGGAAUUUGAUUCCCCUGAACUGGGCGGAGGUGGAGCCGGUGAUGAACCAGCUCGCACCCUCAAACGCCCACGUCUCGUCUGGACUCCGCAGCUUCACAAGAGAUUUGUCGAUGCUGUAGCUCACUUAGGGAUCAAAAACGCCGUACCCAAAACCAUAAUGCAGCUCAUGAGUGUUGACGGGUUGACUCGCGAAAACGUCGCUAGUCAUCUCCAAAAAUACAGACUUUACCUCAAACGUAUGCAGGGUCUUUCUUCCGGUAGUGGAAACGGCUCCGGUGGAGAUCCUGCCACCGAUCAUUUAUUUGCGAGUUCUCCGGUGCCAGCUCAUUUCCUCCAUCAGGGUCGCCCGAAUUCCGACCACUACUUACCCUACGUCCCUGUCGCCGCCCUACAACAGCAGCACCACCACCAGCAGAUGGCUGCUGCCGCAGUCGUCGCCGGACAUCAUCAUCCUCAAUUGCAGCCUCGGUAUGGGCAAAUUGGGCAUUUUGGGUCGCCGCGAAAUGGGCAAUUUGACCAUCCAUUUCUUAAUAGACAAUCGCAUUCACAUUCGCAUUCGCAGCAACCCAUUCAUAGGGUAGGGACUCCAAUUCAUAAUUCUGUUCCAUCAUCUUAUGUUGAUGAUCUUGAAUCAGCAAAUGGUAGAAAAGUUCUGACUUUAUUUCCAACCGGAGAUGAUUGA